AUGAAGGUGGGCUACGGGUUCCAUGAGGAAGCCUGUGGAGACUCAGCCAUGAAAGGUGAACCCUUGCCAACACUGCUUACACAUUGGUUUCGCAUCUCAGUUUCCUUUUUGUUCCUCGUAGGUGAACUGCUUCUGCUUUCGGGCGUGAUCGUCCUGCUCCGGCUGGUGGGUGGCUGCCCAGAGAUGUGCCGCUGUCACUCAUCUUCACAUUCUGUAGACUGCCGCCGGCAGGGGCUGGCUGAAGUCCCUCUGGAUUUGCCUCCGCAGACUCUAACGCUGCACUUGCAAGAUAACCAGAUACGCCAGCUUCCUGCGUUCGCAUUUAGGGCUGUGCCACAGCUCAGGACCCUGAACUUGUGGAACAAUUCCCUCUCGCAUCUGGCCCCUGGGGUUUUCCAUGGACUCCAGCACUUGCAGGUCUUAAACCUAACCCAGAACUCCCUGCAUUCUCUGGAAAGCAGGCUUUUCCACUCCCUCCCACAGCUGAGGGAGCUUGAUUUGUCAUCAAACAACAUAAGCCACCUUCCCGCAUCCCUGGGGAGGCCUUGGGAGAACCUGACCGUAUUUGCAGUUCAACAAAACCAGCUUCAGCAGCUUGAUCGAGCGCUCCUGGAAUCCAUGCCCAGUGUGAGGCUUUUGUUUCUCAAGGACAACCUCUGGAAAUGCAAUUGCCACUUGCUCAGUCUUAAACUCUGGCUGGAGACAUUUAUCUAUAAAGGGGGAGUAACAGACGGUGUCAUCUGUGCAUCACCAGACACUUGGAAAGGAGAGGACCUCCUGAAGAUCCCUCACGAGCUCUACCAGCCCUGCCCUUUCCCGUCUCCGGAUGUGGGGUCCUCCAGGGGGCAGCAGCUGGGUUCUGCCCACCAGCCUGUCCCUGGGCCUCCUGAGAGCCACAGCGCCAGGGAGCGAGACCCCUCGGAGUGUGAGCUCAAACCCAAGCCGAGGCCGGCCAACCUGCGUCACACGGUGGCCACCAUCAUCACCACCGGGGUUGUGUGCGGGAUCGUGUGUCUCAUGAUGCUGACGGCUGCCAUCUAUGGCUGCACCUACGCGGCUGUCACAGCCCAGCACCAUGGGGGACACCUGGCUCGGACCAAUGAGCCCGGGAAGAUGGAAGGAAAGGAGCUGUGUGACAGCUCACCAGCCUGA